AUGUCCACUUUCAACGAUGGAAAGACGUCAACGCUUCUUGGAUUAGGAAAACCUUUUAAUAUUGACAGUAUAAGUCACGACGUUCGUCGUAAUUUAGCGAAGGUUGACCCUCGCCUACCCGAAGAAAUCAAAAAUGUGACCCUAUUGUUAAAAGAAGAGAAAAACGUUCUUUCCAGUUUACAGAAUACCGCGCUGGAAAGGAAGCAAGUGGGAGAGCAUUUGCAGAACUGGGGCAAGGGGAAUUCAGAGGAUAUUGCCGAUAUAACCGAAAAGAUGGCAAAUAUCAUAUCAAGCAUGUCGGAUAUUGACACAGUGCUAUCUGAAAAGUAUGGUCGGUACAGAAAUUGUCUGAAAGAGAUUCGUGAUGCAGAGCAGCGUCUUCAUGGCUCGAAAGAGAAGCGACACAAAAUCCACGAAGAGAAAUCAAAACUCGGCAAAUCAAGAUCUGCAAGAGCCCAGGAAUUAGAAGAUGAAUGGCAACAAGUCAAUCGCGAACAUACAACUAACGAGAUGGAAGUUAACAAUAUUAGGCGAAGGAAGCUGAAGGAAGCAUUCUCUCUGCAUAUGGAUUCGAUAUUUGAAGCGGCCGAACGUAUGGCUAUAAUUGCUGGGUUUGGCUGGGAGCUCAUUGGCCAGUUUGACGCUACCCCUGACUCGCCUGGCUCGACAAGACCAAAAUAUACUGGUGAUAAGGAUACAUCACAAAUUGUCAGAGAUUGCCAGAUCCAAUUGCAUCGAUGGCAACCACCUGCAACAGGCAUUAGACCCCUCCUGCCUGCAUUGACAAACACAGCUCCGGCACAGUUAGCUGAUCAGAAACGCGAAUAUGAAACCAAAUUAAAUCAUCUCUACUCACAAAUGGCAUCUCAACGUGGAGCUUGUGAGAAGCAAGUUAGUGAACUCACAAAUGAAUUAAGGCAAGCUGAAGAAAAGACUUCGGUACUGGUCAAAGAUAAUACGCAAGAGCUAGCAAAUAAGGAACAGGGACUAGAGAACCAGAAACAGGAUCUGGAGAACCAGAAACAUGAACUAGAGAACCAGAAACAUGAACUAGAGAACCAGAAACGAGAAUUAGAAAACCAGAAACGAGAAUUAGAAAACCAGAAACAAGAAUUAGAGAAUCAGAAGCUAGAAUAUAAAGCUCAGUUGGACGGUUUGUCUAGUGAAUCGCAUUUGCAAAGAGAAGUGUAUGAGAAGCAGAUUAAUGAAUUGAAUGAUAAAUUGCUUGAUGUACAAAAGAAACUUGAGCAACGUAUAUUGGAACUUGAAGACUCUUUAGCAAGUGAGACACGAAAGAAUGAAGAGUUGCUAAAAGAAAACCAAGUAUUAUUGAACCAGAAACAGGAUCACGACAUACAAUCGCAAGAACACGACAAUAAUGUUGCUAGGCUUCAGAAUGAGAUGACUGCCGUUGCAAGCGAGAAAGGCAAGUUGUCUCAGGUUAUUAAAGAUCUUGAGGAGGCAUUGCAAUCAAAAACGUCAGAAUUAUCACAAAAGGAAGAAAAGAUAAGCAAGUUGGAAGAAGAUAUUUCGAGUAUUAAAUCCGAGAUCGCUGGAUUGAAAACAGUCCCAUCUGACGCGUCAACUGGUGUCACUUCUUCGCAAUCUUCUAUUGUUGCCUCUACAGUAGAAAUUUCAACACCAGUGAAUCCACAGGUUCCACCAAUUGGUGGGCUGUAUCAGCAUAAUUUAUAUAACCCACAGGGACAAGGUUAUUAUGGACCACAAGCAUAUCAAAUGCAACAGCCAUUCCAUAAUCCACAAGAGUAUUAUAGUCAGUCUGGUCAGCCAAGUCAACCCUCAUUUGCACAGCCUAGCUCGAGUCAAGGGCAUCUAUCCAAUCCCCCAUCGCAACCAUUUGUAGGUGGAUUCUUGUUUGGAACUCCUGGUGAAGCCCCUCCUGCUUAUGAGCCUCCCAAAGAUGGUCAAGGGGGUGCGGGAAAAAGCUGA